GGGUCAAAGCCGACAAUGAUGAUGAAUAUUGUGAGAACCAGAGCCAACGCAGCGCCUCAGCUGCUGCAAAAUCUAUUUUGUACGAGUGCACGGAAAUUCUCAAUAUCAGUCGCUAAAGAGUCGUUGUUGGGUAAACGACAACUACACUUGGGAUAUUCUUCAUUGCAGCAAACCAAAAGAAACAAAUACACCAUGCCUAUCAAGACCAUUCAUGCCCGUCAAAUCUUCGAUUCUCGCGGUAACCCCACCGUUGAGGUCGAUUUGACCACCGAAUUGGGUCUUUUCCGUGCUGCCGUGCCAUCCGGUGCCUCCACUGGUGUCCACGAAGCCUUGGAAUUGCGUGACAAUGACAAGAAGAACUACCAUGGCAAGAGUGUUUUGCAAGCCGUUGGCCAUGUCAACAACACCUUGGGCCCCGAACUCAUCAAGGCCAACUUGGAAGUCACCGACCAAGAAGCCAUCGAUAACUUCAUGUUGAAAUUGGACGGUACUGAGAACAAGUCGAAGUUCGGUGCCAACGCCAUUUUGGGUAUCUCUUUGGCUGUCUGCAAGGCUGGUGCCGCCAAGAAGGGUGUUCCCUUGUACAAACACAUUGCCGAUUUGGCUGGCAACAAGGAUAUCAUUUUGCCCGUUCCUGCCUUCAAUGUCAUCAACGGCGGUAGCCACGCUGGCAACAAAUUGGCCAUGCAAGAAUUCAUGAUUUUGCCCACUGGUGCUGCCAGCUUCACUGAUGCUAUGAAAAUCGGCUCUGAAGUCUAUCACCACUUGAAGAAGGUCAUCAAGGACAAGUUCGGUUUGGAUGCCACCGCUGUCGGUGAUGAAGGUGGUUUCGCUCCCAACAUUCAAUCCAACAAGGAAGCCUUGAACCUCAUCAACGAUGCCAUUGCCUUGGGCGGUUACACCGGCAAGGUUGAAAUCGGCAUGGAUGUUGCCGCCUCUGAAUUCUUCAAGGAUGGCGUUUACGAUUUGGACUUCAAGAACCCCAACAGCGACAAGGCCCAAUGGCUUCCCCCUGCCAAGUUGACCGAUUUGUACCAAGAAUUCAUCAAGGAAUUCCCCAUUGUCUCCAUUGAAGAUCCCUUCGAUCAAGAUCACUGGGAUGCCUGGAGCAACAUCACCGCCAACACCACCAUCCAAAUUGUGGGUGAUGACUUGACUGUCACCAACCCCAAGCGUAUCCAGACUGCCGUUGAAAAGAAGGCUUGCAACUGCUUGUUGUUGAAGGUCAAUCAAAUCGGUACCGUCACCGAGUCCAUCAAGGCCCAUUUGUUGGCCAAACAAAACGGCUGGGGCACCAUGGUCUCCCAUCGUUCCGGCGAAACUGAGGAUUCCUUCAUUGCCGAUUUGGUUGUUGGUUUGUCCACUGGUCAAAUUAAGACCGGUGCUCCAUGCCGCUCUGAACGUUUGGCCAAGUACAAUCAAAUUCUCCGCAUUGAAGAAGAAUUGGGAGCUGCUGCCAAAUUCGCUGGCAAAUCUUUCAGAAAACCCCAAUAAAUCCAGCAACGUUGCUUAUGAGUAGUUAGUACAACAUCUGCAGAAAACAAAAACAACACAUCAUUGUUAUCUCAUGCAACAAUUCCAAACAACAACAAGAAGAACACGCAUCUGCAACAUCGACCUUAGUUGAUCUUAGGUUGAUUCUUAUGUUUUUUUUAUGUUGUGGAAAGUGAUGUGACCGUACCAAACCGCACUCCCAGCACAAUGUUUUUAAAAAGUGGAGAUGGAUAGAAGAUUCACAUCAUUUUUUCGUACAACACACACUCAUACACGCAUAUAAUUUUAUUUUUUUCAAAAUUAUAUUAUUUAUUAUUAUUAAAACAAAAUAACUAUUAACAAGUAUAUACUACCUAUCUGCUAGUUUACACUCAGAAAAAGUUAAAAGUUCUAUGUAGUUCGUUGUUGUCAAAAAAAGAAGUUUAAAAUCUAUUACCAUUUGGAAAACUACAUAAAACAAUGAAGACAUAAAAUUUGUUAAUUUUUAAUCAGUAGUCUUUAAGUAAUUGUAAUCACAUCGAAGUGAUUUAUAAUAAAAAAACAAAAACAUCAAAAAAAAAA